UUUAAACAAAAUCCCUGGACAUUUGGACAUUUUUAAACAAAAAUCGGUGAGUGACGCCAUCACGCAGUCGUCACGCGGACGCUGAGUGAAAGAUAAAUACAAAUAAAAGAAUUUUUGUUGAUCCCAGAGACGACGGAGUUCAGUUUGUCGUCAAUAUUCAUCGAUUCAAGAGAAUGACGUCGGUCGCUGGGAGUGUUGAACCGGUCGAGAAGGAGGUCAAGGUGAAGGAGAGUGUGACCUUGGUGGUUGCAGACACGAGGAGUCCUGAAAAAUCCACCAAGGACGCGGUGAAGGGGAUACCUGGGGAACCAGUACCACCUGUCCCCACACGUGCCAAGAAAAUUCCUAUUGUCGAUCCUGUCGAUAAGACCCAGCCACCUGUGAAGGUUCCAGUGCCCCAUAAAAUUCGCUCCAACGUUCUUCCAGAAAAUUCGUACAACCUGAAACCCCUGGUUUUGUCCACCCAUCUGGUCCCCUCCCUCCCAAUUGAACUAUUCGAACUAGUCGCCGAAAUUAUUGAACAUUCCACUCAGACUCCUGUCGUCCUUAUCCACGAAUCCAGGGUCAAUCGUCCUGUCGCCAGUGAUGUCGUGGAUAUAGCUUUCUUGCCUGCUGGUCAGGAAUGGAAGGAUGGAAAACUCCUGCCAAUUGGACUCGUCUUCGAUCACCGUCUUAAUACUAAAAAUGACCCUGGAGUUUAUGCUGAUAUCGUAGUAGCACAAGACAUCGCAGAGAAAAUUGAAGAUAUUAUUGACCUUCGGGGGUAUAAGGUGGCCCUCCCAGGGAGGUACAUGAAAAUUGGAGGGGUGGGAUUGCUCAUGAAUUACCUGAAGUCGAAAGGAGAGAAUCCAUCAUUUUUUGGGAACACUUUAGACUCUGAGACCCAAGUGGCAGCCCUGCAGAUGGUCGCCGGCAAGCAGACGGAGGUGGGGGUGAUAGAAGCCCCAGUGAUAAAUUGUCAGAGGUACAGUCUUCCAGGAGUCAAUAAUCUCCUGAUCCUGGAGAGUCUGGGGCCCCUGCCUCCCUACAAAAUCCUGCUGAACCCGCGAGUCUCUCAGAAGACGUCAGAUCAAAUAAAGCGAGGAUUUCUGAAUGUUAAGUCGAAUCCCCAGUGGCUGGAUCGUCUAAAAUCCUUCGGGGCCAGGGGAUUUGCCGAGUACUCACAAGACAAUUACGAUGUUGAGGAGAUAAAAACAGCUGUCACAAGAGUCGCCUAUUACUAAACUUUUCGAAAAAAAAAAAAACUAAGACAACAGUUGAAUUUUUAGAUUAAAAGCAAACGGAAAUGAUUCUUCCAGUAAAUUAGCAGAUAAUCGAAGAAGUUGGUCGAGUUUUUCGGGAGUACGACCAAAACUACUGGAUUUAGACGAAAAUAUGAAAAUACAUUUUUUGUAGGCCAUAAAAUUCUGCAUAAAAAAUGUCCUACGACAUUUUUUCAUAAACCCUUUUAUGAUUAAGCUAAAUCCAAAAUAAAAUAUCCCAUGAAAGUGAAACCAACUUAAUCCAAAAGUUACAGAUUAAAUUCAAAGACUGCGAGAUUAUUUGAGUACUUCACACUUUUAUUUUCGUAAUAACUUUGUCCUCUAAUAAAGACUCUAAUCUACUUACAA